AUGCCUUACCAUCAACCUCGUCGUCUUCCUCCCGGCUGGGACGCCAAUGACUUUGAGCGUUUUGUCGAGUCCAUAGUCCCAAUCAUAGGGGAAGAGAACCUCGACAUCAUCUCAGCAGACAAGGAGCUGGCCGACGGAGACUACGUCAACCCAUGCAAGUCCCACGACAUGCACGCCGUCUACACGAGAGACUUUUUCGUAUCGUGCGCCAUCAUCAAUCCCAGGUCUGUUCCCGAAGUCCAAGAUGUGAUGCGGCUUUGCAACCAGCUGCAGAUGCCCGUCUGGCCAUUUUCUAUUGGCCGCAACACGGGGUACGGCGGCGCAGCACCGCGAGUUCCAGGCAGUCUCGGUAUAGAACUCGGAAGGCAUCUGAACAAGGUCCUCGAGGUAAAUGUCGAUGGAGCGUACGCUCUCGUCGAGCCUGGGGUCACUUUUGCUGGUCUUUAUGAGCAUCUUGUCAAGACUGGCCUCAGUGAACACCUGUGGCUAGAUGUACCUGAUCUUGGAGGCGGCUCAAUUAUUGGUAGGAACACUCUUGAGAGAGGUGUCGGUUACACACCUUACGGAGAUCACUUCAUGAUGCAUUGCGGUAUGGAGGUCAUUCUCCCCGACGGCACCCUCGUCCGCACUGGCAUGGGAGCGCUUCCGGACCCGUCUGGAGGGAAUUCAGACCUUCCGCCCCAUGAACAGAAGGCAAAUUCUGCUUGGCAGCUGUUCAACUAUGGAUUCGGCCCUUACAACGACGGAAUCUUUUCCCAGAGCAGCCUUGGCAUCGUCGUCAAAAUGGGAGUGUGGGGCCCGGAGCCUGUGCGGAAAUUCUUUCUCGAUACUAUCAAGGCCGCUUUCCUAAAGGUUCCCGGCUCAAAGUUCUUUCUUGCGGAGGAUCGAAAUGAACCAUACAGCGUCUUGAAGACAAGGGAGAAGACCUUGCGAGGCGUUCCUUCCCUGGACGAGCUUCGUUGGGUGAGCUGGCUACCAAACGGUGCGCACCUAUUCUUUUCGCCCAUCACGAAGAUUUCGGGGCAGGAUGCCAAGCUCCAAUACGAGGUCACAAAGCGCAGGUUCGCAGAGGCUGGACUCGACUUCAUUGGCACCUUCACCAUUGACCACAUUGUGUGCAUUGUAUUCAACCGCGAAGACCCUCAGCAGCGCUUGAAAGCGCGAUGGCUGAUCCGGCAACUGAUCCAGGACUGUGCGGAACGUGGCUGGGGCGAGUACAGAACACACCUAGCGUUGAUGGACCAGAUCGCAAACACGUAUAGCUUCAACAACAACGCCCAGAUGAAGCUCAAUGAAAAAAUCAAGAACGCGCUGGAUCCGAACGGCAUUCUUGCUCCUGGGAAAAACGGCAUUUGGCCAAAGAAGUACGACAAACGGGAAUGGGUGCUUCAAGAUGAUGAAGCAGACAUGUUGUCUAGCGGUAGGAAUCACGGUAUAAAGAGUCACUUGUAG